CUCGAGGCGUGAACGUGGCAGCCAUUUUACAUCAUCAAGAGUGAAUGACUGAAGCCGGACCAGUGCCGGGAGUUUUACACUUUUCUCUCUUUUUCAGUAUCACAUUUAUCUUCCUAAAUAAUCAGCACCAUACACGUUGGUGUGCCAGCGGCAGAUUUCUGGAGACAUGGCCACAGAACAUAUUAAUGGAAAUGGUCCAGAAGAACCAAUGGACACCUCUGCAGUUACCCAUUCUGAGCACUUCCAGACUUUAUUAGAAGCUGGUUUACCACAGAAAGUUGCUGAAAAACUAGAUGAAAUUUACCUAGCAGGUUUGGUGUCACACAGUGAUUUAGAUGAUCGAGCGAUUGAGGCUCUGAAAGAAUUCAACGAGGAAGGUGCUCUCCAAGUCCUUUUGCAAUUCAAGGACAGCGACCUCUCACAUGUUCAGAACAAAAGUGCCUUUCUUUGUGGCGUGAUGAAGACGUACAGACAGAGAGAGAAACAAGGGACCAAAGUGUCAGACACCAACAAAGGACCAGAUGAAGCCAAAAUCAAAGCUUUGCUGGAGAGGACUGGCUACACACUUGAUGUGACAACAGGACAGAGGAAGUACGGUGGUCCCCCACCAGAGUCUGCCCAUUCAGGGGCACAACCCACCAUUGGUACAGAGAUUUUUGUAGGAAAAAUCCCCAGAGAUCUUUUUGAGGAUGAACUGGUUCCACUGUUUGAGAAAGCUGGGCCCAUAUGGGACUUGCGCCUGAUGAUGGAUCCCCUAAGUGGCCUGAACAGAGGCUAUGCCUUUGUCACUUUCUGCACUAAAGAAGCUGCACAGCAGGCUGUCAAAUUGUGCAACAACAAUGAAAUUCGACCAGGAAAACACAUUGGAGUGUGCAUCUCUGUGGCCAAUAAUAGACUGUUUGUUGGCUCCAUCCCCAAGAGUAAAACGAAAGAGCAGAUUGUUGAAGAAUUUGCGAAAGUAACAGAGGGUCUAAAUGAUGUCAUAUUGUACCACCAGCCAGAUGACAAGAAAAAGAAUCGAGGUUUUUGCUUCCUUGAGUAUGAAGAUCACAAGACGGCAGCUCAGGCCCGGCGCCGACUAAUGAGUGGCAAGGUCAAAGUUUGGGGAAAUUUGGUCACAGUGGAGUGGGCUGAUCCCAUUGAGGACCCAGACCCAGAGGUCAUGGCCAAGGUCAAGGUGCUGUUUGUGAGAAACUUGGCGAGCACUGUUACAGAGGAGAUACUUGAAAAGACCUUUAGCCAACACGGCAAGCUGGAGCGAGUGAAGAAGUUGAAAGACUACGCCUUCAUACACUUUGAGGAACGAGAAAGUGCUGUGAAGGCUUUGACUGAUCUUAAUGGCAAAGACCUCGAAGGAGAGCACAUUGAAAUUGUCUUUGCCAAGCCACCUGACCAGAAGAGGAAAGAGCGUAAAGCCCAGAGACAAGCCGCUAAAACACAAAUGUAUGAUGAUUACUAUUAUUACGGUCCCCCCCACAUGCCACCACCAACAAGAGGCAGAGGACGAGGCGGUAGAGGAGGUUAUUCUUAUCCGCCUGAUUAUUAUGGAUAUGAAGACUAUUACGAUUACUAUGGAUAUAAUUACCACAACUACCGGGGCGGCUACGAUGACCCGUACUAUGGCUAUGAGGACUUCCAAGCAUCUGGGAGAGGAAGAGGAGCAAGAGGAGUCCGUGGUGGUGCCAAUCAGACCAGGGGCCGUGGUGCUAUCACCCCAAGGGGUCGAGUGGGCUUCUCCCAACGAGGAGGCCUUGGAACAAUCAGAGGGAAACGGGGCCGAGGGCGGUCCUGACCUGUCACAGUGGAUACUGACUUGAUAUGUGGGGUUACACCGUAAGCUGCAAUGGAUGUCGAAACAACAAGCAUGAGAAAAAGGUCCAAUGAUAUUCCAGCCUUACAGAAGAAGCAUCUCCCCUCCUCUAUAUUUUAACUCACUUUAGCCCUUUUCAGACAUGGGUUAAUGCAUAACUAUAAUCUCUUUAGUGGUGUCAUUCUGCCAAUCAGACAUGGGUCACUUUUACAUUAAUAUUCAUCAUGGCAUCAUUCAGAUAUGCCUACGAUAAUGCAUGCAAAAGAAUUGUUACUUUAUGGCAACAAAUUCUGUCAGCAUCAACUCAAAAUGUAACCACGUUUUUGAACGCUUGCGCUCUCUGCGCUGUUAAGGUUUUCCAUGCAGAGUAGGAGAUGCAUUUCUUAUGGAUCGUGAAGAAAUGUCUUAAUAUUUGGAAACCAAACAGAGAUAAGAGGGCAUAGGGCAAGUUUUGCUCUUGAACACUUUCUUUUGUGAGCCGAGCAGUUUAGAGCAGGGGUGCCCAAUCCCGGUCCUCGAGAGCUACCGUCCUGCAGCUUUUAGAUGCAUCCUUGUUCCCACACACCCGAAUCAAAUGAAUGGCUCGUUAUCAGGACUUUGCCAAACACGAUGGCAUGCUGAAGAGGUAAUCAAACCAUUUGAUUCAGCUGUGUUGGAGUAGGGAUGCAUCUAAAAGCUGCAGGAUAGUAGCUCUCGAGGACUGGGAUUGGGCAGCCCUGGUUUAGAGCGUCAACAUGAACUGUCUAUCUUGGGUGUGCCCAUCCGUUAAUGUUACUGUGUACAGUUCAACCUUAUGCUGUGUUUAAAGACUUGUUACUAGGUCCAACCUAGUAAGCUUACCAAUGCAACUUUCAUGGAAAAGUGACCUGGGUGCUCAUGCAAAUGAAGCCACCAUGUUCAGAUUAUUGGAGAGUAGUGCAUGUCUGAAAAGGGCUCAUUUUUUGUUUUUGUUUUGAAGCUGCCACCUUAUAAAAUGACUGGAGGAGUCUGAAUACUUGCCACAGCCUCUUUGCUGAGUCCCUGUUCCUAGACGGGGACCUAUGAAUUGCCCUUACAAUCUACCCCUUCCCUGUCCCUGAACAUGCCAUUUUAAUUUUUUUUUUUUUUUUAAUUAAUGACGAAAUUGCACUUUUUAAGUUCUUAGGUUUGAAGUGGCUCAAAGGAGCUUGAUGCUAUUGUAUAUUUUUGUGCUAAUCGGAAUUUUUAUUGUCGGAAUAUCCAUGUUAAUCUUAAUUGUUUGAUCUGGAUGUUUGAAAGAGAACAUUUGCAGGGUUUUAGGGUGUACCCACCUGGCAUGGAUAAGUCAGGCAUUCCAGGAAAGUGGUUCUUUUCAGAACUUGUCUUUAAAGGGUUGGUUGACUACCUCAGUACAGAGGACUAAACUACCCGGCCUGUACUGUAAAUAGGGAAACUAUAUCGAUGAAAGCAGGGCUUGUUUUCAUACAAAAUAUGCACAAGAGCUGCAGCGCAAAAACGAUGUACUUAAUGUAAUAUAGUCAUUUUAGCUGCAGCUCUGCAGACUGCAAACAGUCACACCGGGCAUGCAAAACAAUCUCAUAUGAUGAGUCUGAACAAGCCCUGCUUUUAUCUUAUUUUGAACUGAAUUAGCUGCCUUGCUUAUUCAGAGUAUGUAGUUACUGGUUGUAUAGUUUUUCGGAAAAUGUUACUUUUGUAAAGGCUUCAAGAUCACGGGCAUCCAACUGCCUUUGAUUAAAAAAAAACAAUAAAAAAAACAAACAAAAAUAAAGCCCUGCAGUGUCCCUUUUGUGCCACUGUAUUCUUCCAGUGGGUUUGUUUUUAUAUCAAUACAACACAUUUUCAGACAGCAUCGGAAUAAUGUAAGAGCCUAAUCCAAUCCUUCCUCUUAUAAGAUCGUGUUAAUCUCGAAUGAUCCCUCCCCAGUACAGCAACUAUGUAGAAGAUCUCUGGAGUUAAUCUUAUUGGAUGACUGACUUGCCAUAUUGCCCAGCCAGUGAGCAUGUGUGCCUAACAUUAGCUGCUAUGAUUUGGUGAGGGAUCAUGGUCUCACAGUGGUAGAAGGGAUACUGCAGUGAACGAUUUCUACUUCCAGGUAUAGCAUAAAGGAAACUGCUCUUCAAUCCCAGUUUUCUAUACAGUUAACUCCCUCAGUAAAAUCAUAACAACCACCUUUUGAGAAAAAAAAAUGUUAGCAGUUUUAAACUAUUGUUGGUGGCCAACAACGUUUUUUGCAUUCCUGCAAAUAAAUUGUUUUAUACUGUAAAAUGGAGGUGAGUGUAACUUAUUUUUGUAAUAAAGUUUUUGAUUUUUA